GACCUGGUCUUGAACUCCUGGCCUCAAGUGAUCUGCCCAUCUCGGCCUCCCAAAGGUUAAGAUUACAGGUGUGAGCCACCACACUCAGCCUAGAAUUCCAAUAUUCUAAAGCACCGGAGUUCUUAUGACGCAGUAUUCCAGUUUGCAAGGUGCUGGUGGGCUGGGCUGAUGGACACCCUAGAUCUCCAGCGCCGUGGAGUUUUCUCCUCUGAGUUUUCAUUGUCUUUCUUCCCUGCCCAGACACCAGGAGCCUGAAUGGAGAACGAUUCUAUCAGCUACGAGUAUGGGGAUUACAGCCACCUCUUGGACCUCCCUGUGGACUGCCUGGAUGGCGCCUGCCUGGCCAUCGACCCGCUGCGCGUGGCCCCGCUCCCGCUGUAUGCUGCCAUCUUCCUGGUGGGGGUGCCGGGCAAUGCCAUGGUGGCCUGGGUGGCUGGGAAGGAGGCCCGCCGGAGGGUGGGUGCCACCUGGUUGCUCCACCUGGCCAUGGCGGAUUUGCUGUGCUGUUUGUCUCUGCCCAUCCUGGCAGUGCCCAUUGCCCAUGGGGGCCACUGGCCAUAUGGGGAAGUGGGCUGUUGGGUGCUGCCCUCUGUCAUCCUGCUGACCAUGUAUGCCAGUGUCCUGCUCCUGGCAGCUCUCAGUGCCGACCUCUGCUUUCUGGCUCUUGGGCCUGCCUGGUGGUUUAAGGUUCAGCGGGCAUGCGGGGUGCAGGUGGCCUGCGGGGCAGCCUGGAUGCUGGCCCUGCUACUCACCGUGCCCUCUGCCAUCUACCGCCGGCUACACCAGGAGCACUUCCCCGCCCGGCUGCAGUGUGUGGUGGACUAUGGUGGCUCCUCCAGCACCGAGAACGCAGUGACCACCGUCCGGUUUCUUUUUGGCUUCCUGGGGCCCCUGGUGGUCGUGGCCAGCUGCCACGGCGCCCUCCUGUGCUGGGCAGCCCGACACCGCUGGCCGCUGGGCAUGGCCAUUGUGGUGGGGUUUUUUGUCUGCUGGACACCCUAUCACCUGUUGGGGCUGGUGCUCACUGCGGCAGCCCCGAACUCUGCACUCCUGGCCAGGGCCCUGCGGGCUGAACCCCUCGUCGUGGGCCUUGCCCUCGCUCAUAGCUGCCUCAAUCCCAUGCUUUUCCUGUAUUUCGGGAGGGCUCAACUCCGCCGGUCACUGCCAGCUGCCUGUCACUGGGCCCUGAGGGAGUCCCAGGGCAGGGAUGAAAGUGUGGACAGCAAGAAAUCCACUAUCCAUGACCUGAUCUCGGAGGUGGAGGUGUAGGCUGCAGAGACACUGUGGAUGCGUAUCUUCCUAUCCCAUUUCACAAGACUGGCUUCAGGCAUAGCUGGAUCCAGGAACUCAAUGAUGUCUUCAUUUGAUUCCUUCCUUCAUUCAACAGAUACCCGUUAUGCACCUGCUACGUGCAAGGCCUUUUUAGGCACUGGAGAUAUAGUAGUGACCAAAGCAGACACAAAUCCUGCCCUCAGGGAGCUGAUAUUCUAGUGGAGGAAGACAGACUAUAAACAAAGAUAUACAGGGCCAUUUGCGGUGGCUCAUGCCUGUAAUCCCAGCGCUUUGGGAGGCUGAGGCAGGUGGAUCACUUGAGGUCAGGAGUUCAAGACCAGCCUGGGCAAUAUGGUGAAACCCCGUCUCUACUAAAAAUACAAAA